AUGGAAGAGUUAAUAAACAAGAAUAACCAAUUGUUUAAAGAAGUAGUAGAAACACUUCCAAAUAUUCAACAAUCAAUUGAUGAUACUACUAAGAAUUAUCAAUAUUAUUUAGGAAGUAUUAAAAAUGAAGUGUUUGAAAUAAAAGAUAAUGAAACAUACUCAGAAGCAUUUAAAAGAGGAGAAGGAAUAUUUGAUAGAAUGGAUGAAACAGAAAGAAGAAGAAAAUUAGUGAUAGAGAAAAGUCAAGAAACAAUCAACCAAAUAGAAAUAAUGAAGAAUAAAAUGUCAAGAAUCAUAGAAGAAUGUAAUCAUGAUGAAGAAACACUAAGUAAAACACGGAAUGAGUUAAUAGAUAAAAUCAUUUCAAUUGAAGAAAUGAUAAUGAAAGACAAACUAUUCAGAAAACCAAAAGAAACAGAUACAAUCACAGCAGAAUUUAAUAAGAAGAAAGAAGAAUGGCAAACAUAUUACAGUGAUUAUUUAGAAAGAAAGAAGAGAGAAGAAGAAGAGGAAGCAAAAGAAAAGAAUAGACGAGAAGAGGAAAGAAGAAAAGAAAAAGAAAGAAAGAAACAAGAAGGAGAGAGAUUGAGAAUAACGAAAGGAAUGAACACAAUGGAAGAAAUGCUACAAAUAGAAGAAUGGACAAAUAGAAAGGUAGGAAAUAUACUAUUUGAUUCAGAUAAAGAUGAUUGGAAUAUACUUACAUCAGUAUUUGAUCAAAGAAUAAUAAAUAAAGAACAUAUAAUAAUUAUUAUUAAAGAUGAAGAAGGAAAUAAAUUUGGAGGAUAUGUUAAUUCUAAAAUUGAUGAAGUUGAUGGUGAUAUAAGUGAUUCAAAAUCAUUUGUAUUUUCAUUAGAAUCAAAGGGAAGAAUGAAAGGAAUGAAGAAAUUUGAUAUUGAACAACCAGAACGUGCAUUUUGGUUAGGUAAUCAAACAGUUAAUUAUUCAUUUGAAUAUAACGGAAUAUCAAAUGCACUUUGUGGAAAAGAAUAUCCAAAUCAUUUCACACCAAAACGAAUCAUAGUAAUUGAAAUGAAAUGA